AUUCUUUGGGAAGGUAUUGUCAUGCAUAUAAAGGACGCGUAAAAUAUUCCCCCAGAGCGCAGCGCAGGGCAGAGACUCGAGGACCGCACGGAGGACACAGACCUGGGCCACACGGUGGAUUUCUAUCGCUUUCGUCGCCACCGACCCGUCCAUCUGUCACAGACACCCUGGCCACAUAAGCAGCGACAUAUAGCCAGGACGUGUAGCCAGGAAACAGGUGGGACCGUUUAACUAAAACCUGUGGGGACCCGGCAACGAGGAGGCUGCCCUGUGGAGAUCCUACUUCCAGUUUCCCCCAAGUGAAGUCGGAGGUGUCUCUUCUCCAUCUCCUGCGAUAGGCGACCUGCUGCUGCUACAGAAGGGGAACUUCAUCCAGAGACCCUGGACCUCUUGAGAGCACCCCUUAAUGCUUUAGGGAUUUAUAGGAUCUCUCAAUUUAUUUACAUUUUUGCACACCGAGUGUGUUAUUUUCCCUAUUGUCCUUUUUGGGAUAUAUACAGUGAUCGUUUUUGUCUUUUAGUACCUUAAAGUGCCUUAAUAACUGGUUGUAAUCCAGUGUAACUGUGGCAUUGUUACCAGACCAGAGACGCUCAGCAGGGAGAAGACGUUACUAUCCGCUUUAGAGCUCCGGGCAGGAUUACUGGUUCCCCACCAUCCAGCGCGCUGCAACCAUGAGCCAGGCGGAUGUGUCGACGUGCUCCGCGCCGCAGAGGGUUUUCCAGGAGGCGGUGAAGAAGGGCAACACCAAGGAGCUGCACUCGUUGCUGCAGAACAUGACAAACUGCGAGUUCAACGUCAACUCCUUCGGGCCGGAGGGACAGACGGCCCUGCACCAGUCCGUCAUAGACGGCAACCUGGAGCUGGUAAAACUGCUGGUGAAGUUUGGCGCAGACAUCCGACUGGCCAACAGGGAAGGGUGGAGCGCUUUACACAUCGCCGCCUUCGGGGGCCACCAAGACAUUGUGCUAUACCUCAUCACCAAGGCCAAGUACUCCUCUGGCGCCCGGUGAUCUGUCUCUGCUGUCAGGUAAAAAAAAAUAAGACAAAUAACAGAACAACAGCAACAAUAAGUGGAAAAAUCAAACUGCAACACAUGCGGGAAAGCCAGGCUCUUUUUCUCAAAGCGUUAAAAACUGCCAUUAUCUACAUAGUUGUGCCAAAUUAUAUAUAUACAUAUAUAAAAGGAAAUGCAUAAACAGGCCUGCACAAUAACCUCCCCUCACUGUAAACCAAACGGGGCCCUCUCUGCACUUCUGAGUGAAGCCACCACAUGGUUCACGCACACGCAGCGCUUCAGCACGAAUCUUUAACAAAAAAAAGAAAACGCCACUUCGGUGAGUUUGUUGGUACUAAAGCUUUUACUCUUGAAUGUGUCUACUAUAGAUCGUGUGGUCCACUAUAAGAGCAGCCUGUGUGUUUGUGUGUUAGGACUCAGGAGUGCAGAUGGUCCAGUUUUCUCUCCUCUAUCCAUGACCUCCCAUCCUCAGUACAGUUGAAUAGUUUCUUUGUGGGGGGGCCACAGAUCUGACCUGUUGCCCCUUAUGCAUUGUUCACUUGUAAAAUCCUCUUAAGUUAUUUGAUAUGAAACAUGGCACUUGAUGCUAUAUGGCUGCAUGCUGGAAUAUCUGAAAGGGAAGACACACGAGCAAGAGAAGAAGGGUUGCCCUCUGUUGGCUACCAGAGGCCUAUAUUUCUUUAAUGAAUCUUUAUUUUUUCUUUUUCUCAAAGAGCGGCAUUAUGGCUAUCCAACACGCUUUCCAGAUGUGUAAUCAUGAUGUAACAACAACUGGCUUCAUCAAUGUUGUGAAGUACUGUACACAAUAGCUUUACUAUUUUUUUUUUUAAGAGAAAAAGAAAGAGACAGUAGCUGAGUGCACUGUGCCUCCUCUGCAGGCAGAUCUUGCCGUGCUGGCGUCCAACUCUUUCCAGGCCAGUGCGACCACUUUGCCAAUGGUCACUGUGUUACUAAAAAGAAAAACCGCUGCUUUCGCUUUGUAUCAAAAAAGAAAGAAAGAAAGAAAGAGUCGCAUUUGGAAUUCACUUUAUAAUCUCCUUUCAGUAUUUUAUUAACACCCUAGUCAUCACUGUGAAAGCAGGCUGGGUUUUUUUUCUAUUUAUGAAGGUACAUUGAGAAGAUGCAUUUUUGAAUAUGUUGUGGUUCUUCUUUUAAAAAACAAACAAAAAUCUAUGAGUGUAAGAAUAUCUAUAAGGGUGACUCAAGCUGCUUCAGACUCGUAGUAUAUAAACUGUCCCGUAUGGAGGUAAUCUCGCCACCCUCACCCUCCUCACCCACCACCAACACCACCCCAGAAACCCAACUCCCCCCCUCUGUUAUAGCCUGUUGACCCACCAGAGGACUUUCUCUCUCCCCUCCUCCCAUUUAAAGGACUUUGUUUGGUUGCCUUUUGCCAGCUACCUCGACUUAUAAAGUAUUCUCAAGUUGUUCAGCUGUCUCACCACUCUGCCACGUUGUUUUGGAGUCUGAAGAGAUUCACUAUUUGUUUGUGAUCAUCCGCAUGCCAGUAUGUUUUGUUUUCUUUUUGCUAUGAAGCCUGACAGACAGACGGACUCCAGAAGAUGCAAUGAACCCAUCCCUGCAUCCUCAGUCGGGACAGUUUUAUUUUACACUACAACCAAACCAAUUCUCACAAGCAAUGUGUGAUUUUCUGCAAAGGAGUCUGUGGUUUCUCUCUCUUUCUGUCUGUUGUGUUGUUUUUCCCUAUAAACCUCCACCUCUCUGUCUCUUUCUCUCUCUCUAUCAGCCUGUUUGGUCAUUUUUUUAUUUUCAGUCAUACAAAAAAAUGGAAUUGUAUCGCAUGACUUAUAAAUGCAGGGAGUUUUAUUGCACAAAAAAAUGCGGAGCCUUGCGCGCCCCCAGUGUUUGUACGGGGUAACUGCAGGAGCCAAGGCUUUGGAAUAGUUACUACUACUGAGCAGGACCCUAAUACUGUUGGACGAUGAAGACAAAAAAAAUCACAUGACUGUUGCAGGAUGUCACAGAAAAGGAAAAAAAAAAUGGUUCCAUCAACUUGCCUGCUGCAUUUUUGAAAGUCAUGGCACCCUAACAUUUGUAUCGAUGCUGCUUGUAUGUUUUCUUUUUAUUUUGUUGGUGUUGUUGUGUUGUUUUUUUUAAAAGCCUACUGCUCAAAUGGCCAACAGUUGUGUAGAAGCUUCACAGCAGCACUAGUUCACCUCAUGAGAAGCUGCUGAGAGAGUGUGAGUGUAUAUUUUUUUGUCUUUUUAAAAUUGAAGUGUGUGUGUGUGUGUGUGUGUGUGUGCGCUUCUCAUGAGGCUCCGUGCCGCUGCAUUGAACAGUCGUCCAGACUGAGAACUUCCCAUUUUCAACAACCACAAGUAACGGAAGCGAUAGAUCCACAACAUCAAGGUAUAGAUUGGUUAUCAGGCAACAAAUGAAAUAUGCAUCGCUUGUCUUAAACUUGAUUUUUUUCUUUGAAUAUUGCACUGAUGACUGUUGUUGAAACGUUGGCUUUUAUGUGUCAACAUUUUUAAUUUUUUUUCUGAAUAGAAAAAAAACAAACACAACAAAAUACUAUUGUAUAAAUAUAUGCUCCAGGUGAUAAUGUCCUAAUGUGUGUGUCACUUUGUGGAAAAAAAGAACAUGAUGUUUUUUCUUUUUGACAAAGAUGCGUGUAUCUCUGUGAUUGGGUGUAUGUAUAUAUACAUAUGGAUAUAUAUAUAUCAACGCUGAUGAUGAUGAUAUCUUGGGGCACUUUCUUUUCUGAAGUGCUGUCUUCCUGUUUUUUUUGAAAGGGGAAUAAUACAUUUGAUGGUAAGAUCAUUGUAACAUGAUUAAAAAUUGCACGGUUGUGUGGUUGUCUGGCUCACGAUGGUCAUAACAUUUAUGACGUAAGGAGCCAGCUGCCGGAUUGGUGUACAUGAGUGAGAAGAUUUUUGUUUUUUUUAAUAAAAAUAAAAAAAAGUGCUGACUUCUUUGGACCAAGUUGUGUUUCUGGUCUUGCUUCAUUUCAAGCAGGAGAGAAACAGCUGAUUUUAUCAUGAGUGAUGCAGAUGUUCCAUCAUGUUUCAUUUUUGUUUGUUUGUUUGUAUUCUUUUAUUUUUGAACGUUUGUAACACUGUGAUGAUGACGUGACGCCAUGUGGAGAUGAGUGCUGUAUUAUUUUUGUACGUUUGUGUACAAGCCAGUAAAGAAAUCAUUAAACUCACUGGUGUAUGCAUA